AUUUAAAACUAACAAAUUUCCAAAUGAAAAACAUAAAUUUAUGAUUUAACACAAACCGAAGAAAAACCCCAAUUACUCACACAAACACCAAUUCUCAGAGAAAAAAAAAGCAAAAGCAAAAGCCUUUUAGUUUCUCCUUCGUCUUCUUCACUUUCCUCUGGGAAAAAAACAAAGAAAAACACAAAAUUCUCCGGCCAUGGAUCCCGACGAUCCGACUUCCAUAGUCUUUACAAAGAUCAGAACUUUAGAACCAGAGAACGCUCCCAAAAUCAUUGGCUAUUUUCUCCUGCAAGACAUGGAACAGAGUGAUUUGAUUCGUAUUGCUUUUGGCCCUGACACUCUCUUACAGACUUUCUGCCGGAAAGCCAAAUCCGAUUUGGGUCUUUCCUCCAACGGUUUCUCACACAACCCUACUUCGAGACCCAUCAAUAUCCAUCGCCAGCCAUUGUCUCAGUCUUCUCCAAGGAACGGGUUUUUGGAGUUUUCGAGAAACCCUAACCCUUUGUCUCCUUCCUUAACUUCGGGAACUCUCAACACUAACCCUAACUUCGACUCUAGCCCAUUUCGUGACGGCUCAUCGCUCAUCGCCUCUUCUUCCGGAGAUUUCGUCGAUGAGCAACUACAACAGCGGCAACUGAGUAACCACUUUUCGUUUCUCAACGACGAAGAUCCAUUUGCUAACUUUCACAAGAGGAGCUUCUCUGCAAACGACGUUUGCCUCGAAUCAGAGGAACCAGGGUUUGGAGGAGGCGGUUAUCGGUUUCCACAGGCCGGUUUAGGUGAUGAUUUCGGUUCCUCUGGUGAUUUUCGGUCUCCGAGUGAGAGGGGUUAUGAUUGUUUACAGAGAGAGGAGAUGAUGCUGAUGAAGUUAGCUCAGCAACAGAGAAUGGCUGCUGCUCGAUUCCUCCUGCAAACACAAGGAUCAGGACAGUUUGGAGAAGAAGGUGGUCACUAUUACAGUCCAGGGAGGCAUGAGAGAGAUGAUUCAGUCUCUAGACAGAUUUACUUGACAUUUCCAUCUGAAAGCUCAUUCACCGACACAGACGUCUCCUGUUACUUCAGCAAUUUUGGAACUGUGGAAGACGUGAGGAUUCCAUAUCAGCAGCAGAGGAUGUAUGGGUUUGUUACUUUUGCUAAUGCCGAAACUGUGAGAACCAUAUUGGCUCGAGGAAACCCUCAUUUCAUCUGUGACUCACGCGUGCUCGUUAAACCCUACAAGGAGAAAGGAAAAAUCCUUCACAUCAAGAGGCAACAGCAGCAACUGCAGCAGCUGAUAGAGAGAGGGAACUAUUCUCCUUCGUCAAGUCCCUCUGGAAUGGAUCUAUAUGACUGUCACUUGGGACCAAGGAUGUUUUCAAACAGCACACAUGAGAUGCUGAGAAGAAAAGCCGAGCAAGAAGCUGAUUUACAACAAGCCAUAGAAGUAGAACUCCAAAGAAGAAGGUUCUUGAAUCUGCAAUUGCCCGACCUCGAGAACGAACCUAUUCACCAUCUCCACCGUAGUCUUUCUAUAGGCUCUCGCGCUCAUUUCCCGCCUCGAUUCAAUCAAAGUCUUCUCUUUCAACCAGAAAACAACAUUGGAGAAACCACGGAAGGUGAUAAUCAUCUUCAGCUAGGAGCAAACAGCAACGAAGAACGUGGUUACAGUAAUGAUUUGUACAACGGGCAAGAGACGGAUCUGGAGAAUACUCUUCCUGAGAGUUUGUUUGGUUCCCCCAAAAAGUCUGACGAAAACCACCAAACAAAGUUUGACACCGAGCAAGACAAGGCAGCUUCAUCAGAACAAUCAGCGUAGCAAUGGAUCAUACAGGCAGAAAGAAGCAAGUGUAUGAGUGGAAAGAAAGGUAGAGACUAAUGAAAGAAGAAGGUUAAAAGAGAUCAAUUUUUUAGGAUAAUAUGUCAUCUACAAAUAGGAUAUUACUACUAACCUCGACAACAUAUGGAUACUCAGAGAUCAACACAGUAACUGAGACUCACUUGUAGGUUACCUUUUUUUUUGUUGGCUUUGAAUAUCGGAUCCAAGUUCUGGUUAUGGGCAAAAGCUGCAUCUGUUACUUUACCAAGUUGUACCAUGAUUGUAUAAAAUGCAUGUGUUUUCUUCUUGGAGCUAUUUGUAUAGAAAUGUUGAAAUUUUAAGUAAAGGUGGACCUUUUAACCAAA